AUAUACAUUUUUAAUGUUUAGAACUUAUUUAAGGAAGUAGUUUGCUUCUCUUGCUAUGGAUGUUAACAUAAAUGUGUGGAAGCAUUUCAAUGCUUUCUACGAAAGUAUAAGCAAAGCUCUGUGCCUAAAUUCGCCUUUAUAGUUGGUUUCCAAAUCAACACUCACAAAUGGCAUUCGCUAGUAUCAAGUUGACAAUCUUUGUCGCAGUCUCCUUAUCGGUAUCGGCUCUAUGUUGUGAAAGCGGCUGGUUCGGCUCUAGGUGUGAGUUUAAGUGCCACUGCAAGACGAACACGGAUUGCAACGACAGAGGGGUGUGUCUAGACGGCUGUGCUGAUGGCUACUUUGGCCACAAGUGCCAGUAUGUGGAUUCCGACCUUCCUCUACACCAAAAACAAUACACCGACGAUGGGAGAUGUGACUUCAAACAGAAAGAGUCCAACAAGUUUCUCACAUAUUACUUUAUGUGGGCUAGGUUCACUUUUGAAGAUUUGAUUCCGGCCUAUGUUAGCAUCUAUUUCCGAGACCAAGCGAUGAGGAAUUUCAUAGAUUGCAAAAACUAUUACAUUUCGUUCGUGGACUCUAAAACAUUUGACUACUUCUGCGAACCAUUCCUCGAUAUACGAGAUAUGUAUAUAUUUUCUAAUUUCGGCACAGCAGCCGUCUGCAAGAUGUAUAUGAGUCGAGGAAGAAACCUGGCUCUCAAGCAGCAGACAGAGAACUCUAGCACCGUGGAUGGGGAUCGAACCAGCAAUGCUAAUUGUUUCCUCACUAAUGUCUGGAGCCUUUCCUUAACUUACCCCUCUUCUAUAAAUAACAUCGUGAUAUACAGCGUCAAAGGUAAGAUAACCCUUGUAUCUGGAGACGUUCCUUAA